ACGCCUCAAUUUUGGAAGUUAGUUCUGGGGUGAACACCUUGCCAUCCGCGGUGGUCCACAAGGUGAGGCUACAGAGACACAGUAGUGUCAGGACAGUCGACAUUGUGUCUGGUCCGGACUGUCACACUAUCUUCCUUGAACGAGAAAUGUCUAUCUUUAUAUCUCUACUGAGAUCUGGAUUUAUAACAGAUCUUCCUCUUUGCAGUUCAUCGACCGGUCGACAAGAGAUUUAGAAGCUUUUGAAGAUCCACUGCGUAACUAGCAUCCCACAUCACUUGACAUAUUAGGACAUUCAACUUAAGAAGUGUUAUAUCACUAGAUGUGAAUUCCUUCUGACACAACAAACCUCUUCAGCUUAUCAGGAUGAUAAGGCUGUGAGUCACAUUUGUAUCGCACGAUACAGCAGUCGAUUGUCAAGGAAUGAUUGAAGAUUCACUUUCCCCUUGCUGUAUUUCUCACUUUUUGUUUGCCUGUCUAUUUAUUUGAGCUGCAUAUGAAUAUCAUUAUAGAUAAUUGAUUCGUCCUGUUAGUUGACCCUGUUGUGGACCGAGCCCAAGUGUCUACAGCUGCCGAGGGCGACAUCCUGCCAGCGAGUUCCAGACAAAGAGACUAUUGGUUCGCUUAUCAUGUCAUCACCGAAGUGGCCAGCGGCUCCUGGCCACAGACUAGUGACUGUCCGAAGUCAGUAAAAAAGUCAAUGUAUUGGAGAUGCGACUAGCAGGAGACAAAGGCAGCCUCAGUAACCGAUAAACAUCACCAGGCCAAGGUAAUAGUGACACACAUACACGUCUGUAAAUCUUGUGCGUUUUUUCUGGCUGAGAAGAGUUUGACCUCCUAAGGUUUAUAGGUGAAAUCCGACUGUCUCAGGUCUACAUAGACAAACAUAAUCGGAAUUUCUCUGCUGUUCAAAGAAUUCGAUAUAUAACUCAGAGGAAGAGACUUCCCUUUUGUUCGCUCCUGGGCAUGCACGCGUGCACACACACACACACACAAUGGAAGAAAAUGAUGGAGAGAUGGGUCCAACUGAAGAUAACAGCCGUUUCGAAUUGCCUGUUUUAAUUCUCAGCAAACCCCGCGGAGGUCAGUGGGUCUACAGAAAUUCUAGUCACGAACUUUUUAUCCAUACACAUAUUGGAUGAACGUCUGUCCAAGUUUAGUCAAGUUUGUUUAUGACCAUCACAUCGGGUUAUAAAAGGUUCUAAACGGACUGUUGACCAGGGCCACCUGGUCCGGUCAGUCCUGUCGCCGACGUGAAAUACCAGCCAAGCCAGUUUUACUUUGCACAUUAUCUCCACAAAGUCAUUAGUUGCUAAAUUCAUGUAUUUUCUGUGAGUUUAUUUUAUACUAAAUUUUCUUGAAAAUACUGCAUCUUUUCAAAACCUAUACACAUUGAAAUACAUAUAAGUAGCUAAAUGUAUGUGACUACGCUUGAGUACAUCACAAACGAAGGACUUGUGACUUCGCUCUGGUUUUCAAGUGUUUGUUCUCUUCCUUCCUCCCAACCACCCCCACCCGACACAGCUCACCUCUAGUACAUUGUUUUGUUACCUCCCCUGCUACAUGGCUGAGGCAUUCUUUGUUAUUGACAGACACUACAGCGAACGUUGGCCUACCAACCCCAUAUAAAAGUACGUUGAGGAUGUCUUAAACACUUCUCUGUGCUCUUCUUCAACUUGCUUCAGUGACCCUGGCAGGGUGAAAAUCGUAAAGCCGACUUUUUAAAUAUUUUCAUUGUGGAGGUAUGUCAAUAAGUCUUCAACGACAAGCAAAGUACCCUUUGGACGUAGCAGUUCCUUUUUAAGAAAGAUUUAUUAUCUGCAUGUAACCUUGCUUACAAACUGAAGUUAAUGCUGACCGAAGUAGAUGCACUUUUAUCUUCGUUCUUCGUGUAAAGAAAUAAAUAAAUACACCAUAUUAGGAAGAUGCACAGUGAUGUCUCUCAUCUCAUCCUAAGCAGUGACUGAGCCACCGACGGUGGUCUUCUCAAGACUCAUUUUGGAAGGGAUCCAAAACUAAAAGACAAAGUUCGUGAAAGCCUCAAGCUGCCAACGACAAAAGACAAUGACUACGUUCGCUACACUAAUGUUUCUCUGUACCCUGACUUUGUGCACCCCAACCAGCGGCAAGGUGUUCACCCCAGAACUGACUUCAAAAAUUGAACAGUUCGUUCAGAACCUCAUCCAAUGUCGCGAAGUCGUCGGCCUCUCGUUGGCCGUCGUCAAGGGCAACGAGACCUGGGCUCGGGGGUUUGGCGUUGCCGACAAAGCUUCUGGACGACCUGUCAACUCCUCCACGUUGUUUGGCAUCGGCUCGGUGACCAAAGCCUUCGCUUCCGCCAUCUUGACCAUGUUGAUUGACGACAGCCGGGGGAAGUACACAUGGGAGACUCCGCUGAAGAACAUCCUCGGCAAGGACUUCCAGCUAGAAGACGAGUUUCUAUCCAGUCACGUGACGAUCAAGGAUGUGCUUUUACACAGAACUGGCCUGGCCACCUCCAGCAUGGCGUUCAUUGCGGGUUUCCCGGCAGCGUUUACGAGAGAAGAGCUUAUCCGUCGAUUUCAAUUUCUGCCUGUGGUGGGUUUAUUUCGUGACGAGUGGAACUACAACAACUGGAUGUACGCCUUGGCUGGGAGGGUGGCGGAAGUGAUGGGCGGAGCAUCCUGGGAGGAGCUUCUCCAACAACGCAUCUUUCAGCCUUUGCAGAUGAAUGACAGCCGGGUCAUCGGGUACAAUGUUGAGGUGGAUGCUGACAACUUCGCCUUGCCUUAUGUCCGUCUUGGUGAUGCGUUGGUGAUGUCAGACCCAGUAAUUUACAAACUCACCCCAGCAGAGGCAGCUGGAUCCAUUGCCUCCUCAGCAGACGACAUGGCGAAGUGGAUGGCUAUGCACUUACAAGGAGUGACGUCACAGGGGGACACGAUUUUGACUCGUUCAACACUCCAAGCUAUGUACUCACCACAUAUCAUCCUCUCUCCUGACACGUUAAGCAGCGAUUACGUCACGAGGCCUCACUUCCCAGUGACCUUUAACUCCUAUGGCUAUGGCUAUGCUUGGUUCGUCGCUUCUUACAGAGGUUACUCCGUGGUCUGGCACACGGGGAGUUUAUUCAGCUACACCACGUUUCUGAUGCUGAUGGAAGACGCUGGACUGGGCAUCUUCAUCAGCACCAACAGCGGUGACAGCGGAACUGAGAACUUUACUUUAGAAGAACUGUUCUUUUACAUUACAGACCUGUUCCUGGGAGAAGAGCCUUGGCUUAAUAUCUCCAAUGCUUGCCAAUAUCCUGCACCUUGGUUAAACACCACAGGUUGGACAUCUUCCAAUCAUACGCCGAUCCUCCCAGGGGGGAUUUCAAAGUCUGGAGACUUUGUGGGAGAAUAUGGAAACAAGCUAUUCGGAGAAAUCGCCAUCAUGCUGAAUGGCGGCAAGGAGUUGCUGGUCAGAUACAAUCGUAUUACAGGCAAGCUUUACAGAACAAAUGUGGAUCACAUUCUCAUGAUGGAGAUGGAUGGUCCACUGGCGUUUUUGAGUCGAACAGCAAGAGGACUGCGGUAUUUUAACAUGACAUUCGCUAGGGCAGAUGAGAGAGGAAGGUAUCAAGAUCUCCUGGUUAGUGCCCCGUCUUUGCUCGGCACGGAUGUGUUAGUUUAUAAAAGGGGAGUGAAGACUUUCGAGCCUCCAGGUGGUGAUGUAAGUGAAAGUUCCACGAUGUCCAUUAUUGUUGGGUCUGUUUUUAUUCUACAAAGUAUGUUGGUGAAUAUUCUAACUAGGCAAUGCCUCUGAAAUCUGUUUAAAGAUGUAUAUCAGUAGAGUUUAAUAACAAGGAUAAUCAUUAUAUUUUAUCAGUAAUCAUUACACUUUAACGGCAGCCUCUACCAGAUAGUAAAUUGUAAUAAUAUAUGUAAGAUGUUGCACAGUAAAUUAAAUAAAUUAUACUUUCUGAGGAUAAAAACUUUGAAAAAUGUAUUUGAUGUAUUCAUCUUCCUGACCAAAAAUUUCAUGAAAGGACAUGAAUUAUGUAUUAAUUUCGUCUCAUUCAUUUCGUGUUUUAACGGGAUUUUGCUUGCAAAGUUUAAGUUUUAAGAAGAUUCGUUUAAGGGCGCUAAAAUGUCUUUGAAUUUUGAGCAUUUCAUUGUCCAUUUUGGGGAUUAUAGAGGCACUAAUAUUUCUAGAUUCAUUUAUCAAAACAUCGAAUUUAGCGGGACUACGUGUUAAAAGCUGCUACUAUGAAAUAUUACUUUGCCUGCAUUUUUUAUUUAUAAUAUAGUAUACUUUCAUUUUCUGCAAUAUCUGAAGUAUAUUGAAAACAGAAAUUUCAGCUUAUUGUUAUUUACUUAUUUAUUAUGUAGUUGUGGUUUUUUUUAAGUUAUUCUACCUUACUUGUAAAUGUAGUCUGAACAGUAUUGUCCACAUCUGGUAUCAAGCAGAGGGAUUCAGUUUCUUUUUGUGAUCAACAAAUAGUCAGGAAAGCUUCCAGGAUUUUGUCAAUACCUUAAUAUGAACUAACGGAAGAAUUUAUGUUAUUAUUUCAGGUAAAGGUAAUGCUAUGCCUGCAUAUAGAAGCAAUAAGCACCUGAAAUCGUUUGUGCCAUCUGCUGUCCAGUUGCUCAAUCACAGAUGAAUUGUCAGUGGUGUGUGUGAUGUAAGUGUGCAUAUGAAUGAUCUAGAUUCUAGGUGAAAUAUUUUUUCCUUUAGAUUUUCAUGCAAGAACAUCUGAGGGCCCUCCACGUGGCAAGAGACAUUCGUGAUUAGUGUGUAGAGAUAAGUGACGGGUGUGUGUCCGAACUAGUAUAUUGUGUUGUGUGCAGUACUUAAGUUAGUUACUCGCGAGACCCGGAUUAGUGAUAGGGAUUUGAAAAGGGACUUCGAAAUGUCAAAACCAUCAGAUGGACUUUUUACAUUUUCCUGUACAAAUAAGAAAGACUUUCAGGACUUAUUUUGAAUUUAUUUUGUUCCAUUACACACACUUGGGCCUUCAUUCUUACAUGUAUCUUUCAGUACACUCUACCCCUUAAUAACUUUAUAUCCAUGUGUGCUGUCAUCACAAAGAGAAGAAAGAGGAACAAAAUAAGCAAAGGAGAUCCCCGUGGAUUUAUUUGUAACACUAAAAUCUUUGGUGGUUUUGAACACGUCAACUACUUGAUUAGAACACUACGAUUAAACUAUCUAAUAAAAGUUUCCUGAAAUCA